AAAAAAAGAUUAAGCCGUGGCCUUCAAUUACUUUCCGUGAAGUGCCAUUUAUUAUUCUAUUUUACCCAAUCAGUCAUUGUUAGUUUUGUAUAUUUAUUUUUAUAGCCAGAAAGAAUGUCGAGCCCCGAAUACUCAUCGUUCUUCGCAGUGAUGGGUGCCUCCGCAGCUAUGGUGUUCAGCGCCUUGGGAGCAGCCUAUGGCACAGCGAAGAGCGGCACAGGUAUCGCUGCAAUAUCUGUGAUGAGGCCGGAGCUCAUCAUGAAGUCUAUUAUCCCUGUGGUCAUGGCUGGUAUUAUAGCCAUCUACGGCCUGGUGGUAGCUGUGCUGAUCGCCAACAACAUCUCGGACAAGAUUACUCUAUACAAAAGUUUCCUCCACCUCGGAGCUGGACUGAGCGUGGGCCUCAGUGGGCUGGCAGCAGGCUUCGCCAUCGGCAUUGUGGGCGAUGCAGGCGUGAGGGGUACAGCUCAGCAGCCGCAGCUUUUUGUGGGCAUGAUUCUCUGGUGA